AUGGCUUUAAGGUUCUUUGUGUUAGGGGUCUUGUUUGGAAUUUGUUUUGUCGUGUCUUUAGCAGCUGACCCAAGUCCACUUCAAGAUUUUUGUGUAACAGACUCCACAAGCUCAGUGCACGUGAAUGGGAAGGUUUGCAAGGACCCAAAGCUUGUGGAAGCAGAUGAUUUCUUCUUCAGUGGCUUGCACUUACCCGGCAACACAUCAAACGCAAUCAGAUUCCAAAUAACUUCGGCAAUCAUUCACGGAUUCAACACUCUUGGCAUUGCCAUUGGCCGUGCAGAUUUUGCACCAAACGGAUUCAGUCCUCCUCACACUCAUCCUCGUGGCUCAGAGAUCGUGCUUGUCCUCGAGGGUCGUAUUGAAAUCGGGUUUGUAACUUCACACCCGGAGAACCGUCUCUUCACGAAAACACUUGAAGUGGGUGAUUUUUUUGUUGUUCCACAAGGUCUUGUACAUUUCCAGAGGAAUGUGGGCGAGGCUAAUGCAGCUACCAUUACGGCUUUUAGUAGCCAAUUCCCUGGGCUUAUUCGCGUUUCAGAUGCUACUUUUGGAUCGGACCCAAAGAUUCCUAGUGAUCUUCUCGCCAAGGCUUUUCGAAUUGAUGAAAAGACGGGAAGCCAGAUACAAAAGCGUUUUUCUGGUUGA